AUGGCCGAGAGCGUGUGGCGCUCAAACUACGUUGCCGGUAGCAAGUUGCUGGAUGCCGAGAAGCCAGCAGAGAAGCCUGCUGAGGCAGAGGCAGAGAAGCCUGCUGAGGCGGCGACUCCACCAACCGAGAAGCGCAAGGAUGGUGGUGCGGAGCCAGAUGCCAAGCGCUUGAAGCCCACACCGCCAGAUCCCGCAGUUGUGCGGAAGCAGGUCGAGUACUACUUGAGCGAUGAGAACCUCAAGUACGACAAGUUCUUCCAUGACAAGAUUUCAGCAAACGCUGAGGGAUGGUUGGAUAUGUCCUUCAUCCUCAGCUGCAACAAAAUGAAAGCCAUGCGGGCUGGGAAGGACGAUGUCGUAGCGGCAUUGAAGGAGUCCAAAAUUGAACUCAAUGAGGGCAGUGCGGCAGUCCGCAGACCAGGCAACGCUCCUCUGCCGAAGCUGGAAUCGAGGCCGAGUCAUCCCGCGAAGAAGAACUCCAUUCACGCUCAUGACGGCGGCGUUGUGGCCAUAUUCCGCAAUAUUCCGGAGGAGCAGCAAUGGACUCACGUGAAGGCCGUGGUGCAGGAAAAGCUGCCAGCAAAAGUCAACCUGUGGCACGUCAGCCACGUGAGUGACAAGAACGAAUGCUCGCUAGCCUGCGCCCCGUUCGAUGGUGACGUAGCUUUUUUCGAAGGCCUCACAAUUGAGCUUGGUGGUGCCACCUUGAAAUGCGAAGUUUGCUUUGCGGAUGUCCUGCAGAAGGUUCUGAAGGAAAUGCCGAAACAUAUCCGGGACAAGAGGGAGCGCGAGUCGCGCAAGCGGCAGAAGGAGCGAAACCGUCCCAUCAAGCUGGGCACUUGCCACUUCAACAACGUGACGAUGCUGAGAGGCCGAGUGAAGGAAAUCCUAAACUCGCGAAGCGACAAUGAGCAGCUAAAGCCAGAUGGAAGUGAUUUCAAGCUCAUCAAGAGCUUGCUUGACUACCAUCCUAGCGGCCCAGGAAAAAGUGCCGGCUUGGUUGGCAUCAAGGUUGGGAAGAGCCAGCAGGGUGACAGCCGAUGUUUCUACAUGAUCAAGGAAGGCGGCAAAGAGGAGGAUUUCAGUGCCAAGAAAUGCUUGGAUGCCGUUGAGCAGAAGCCACCCUAUGUUCAGCCAGAGGAGAAGCCAGCAGGUGACAAGCGCGGUCAGGCAGCCAAGGCGGCUCCCAAAGGAGCGGCUGCAAAACCGGAGGAGACUAAGCCUGACAAGAAGGAGGAGGAGAAACCUGCGGAGCCGGCAGAGAAGGCAAAGGAGACGACUGAGGAAGCUGAAGGAAAGAAGGAGGAGGACAAAGCGGAGAAGGUAGAGGAGAAGAAGUCUGACUGA